CAAACGAAACGAGGAAGAAGAUGCAGUGGAUGUUAGGAGAUGUCGGCUGUUUUCAGUCGUGUGGAGUUCCUGUUCAUCGCUGCUCAUCGAGCUGUGGCUCAGACUCCUAGCGGCUGUACAAGAUGGAGAAAGUUACCUUCUUGGAACCAGAGGAGAGCUCUCUCUAACAAUAAUAAUAUAACAGAAAAGUUGAUGCGGAACAGAGACAACAAGAAAACUGUGAUCUGCAUUGAGGGGAAUAUUGCCAGUGGAAAGACGACGUGUCUGGAAUACUUCAGCAGGACGAGCAACAUAGAGGUCAUUACAGAACCGAUUUCUAAAUGGAGGAACGUUCGCGGAUACAACCCUCUGGCCCUGAUGUACCAGGACCCUCAGCGCUGGGGGAUCACGCUGCAGACUUACGUUCAGCUCACCAUGUUGGAUCUACACCUGUCAUCCACUUCUGCUCCUGUCAUGAUGAUGGAGAGGUCCAUCUUCAGUGCCAAGUACAUCUUUGUGGAGAAUCUCUUUCAAAGUGGAAAAAUGCCAGAGGUGGACUUCGCUGUUCUGAGCGAGUGGUUUGACUGGAUCACAACGAACAUCUCCCUCCCGGUCGACCUGAUUGUUUACCUACAGACUUCUCCUCAGACGUGCCAUGAGAGGUUGAAGCAAAGAUGCAGAGAGGAGGAAAGAGUCAUUCCACUGGAGUAUCUGGAGUCCACACAUGAGCUGUAUGAAGACUGGCUCAUCAGGUGUUCCUCCGCUCCUGUUCCUGCUCCUGUUCUGGUGAUUCCUGCUGAUGGCGACCUCCAGAGGAUGCUGCACCAGUAUGAGCAGCACCGGGACAAGAUUCUUACAGUAACUUGAUGCCCUCAUCCCUCAGUGCAGCUUGUGUAUAUAUAUGAUUUUAUUAGGGCUUCAUAAAAGAUAAUUUCCAGCUGUUCUGACU